GGACCCGGCAGGCCGAGGACGUCGGAGCCGGAGGUGAUCGAUCGGCCCCGCCCCCCUGCUGCCCCGCCGCCUGCUGCCCCGCCCCCUCUCCCCGCUCUGCGUCCUGCCGUAAGCCUGUAGUGGGUGGGACAAGAAAGCUUCUGUCACCCACCGCGCCGCUCCGCCGAGCCGCUCGGGGGCGGCACCUCGUUCAUCAAAUCUUCGCACGCAGGAAACGAUGGCCGGCGCUGUCGAUUCUCCAGCCAAUCCUGGCACUCCUUAACUCAUCCCGCUCUCUUAUUGGAUGAAAGGGAGCUCAGCAGGGCGGAUAUUGUCCUCCCUGCGAGGAUCAAAGUAGGCAAGAUGGCGUCGAGCGGCGGGGAGUUAGGGAGUUUAUUUGAUCACCACGUCCAGAGGGCGGUAUGCGACACGCGGGCCAAAUAUAGGGAGGGACGACGGCCUCGUGCUGUGAAGGUAUAUACAAUCAAUUUGGAAUCUCAGUACUUAUUAAUACAAGGAGUUCCUGCUGUGGGAGUCAUGAAGGAAUUAGUUGAGCGAUUCGCUUUAUAUGGUACAAUUGAACAGUACAAUGCUCUAGAUGAAUACCCAGCAGAAGACUUUACUGAAGUUUAUCUUAUUAAAUUUAUGAACUUACAAAGUGCAAGGGCAGCCAAGAGAAAAAUGGAUGAGCAGAGUUUCUUUGGUGGAUUGCUUCAUGUGUGCUAUGCUCCAGAAUUUGAAACAGUUGAAGAAACUAGAAAAAAACUACAAGUGCGGAAGGCAUAUGUAGUAAAAACUACUGAAAAUAAAGACCAUUACGUGACAAAGAAGAAAUUGGUUACAGAGCAUAAAGACACAGAGGAUUUUAGACAAGACUUCCACUCAGAGAUGUCUGGAUUUUGUAAAGCUGCUCUGAACACUUCUGCAGGGAACUCAAAUCCUUAUCUUCCAUAUUCCUGUGAAUUGCCUUUGUGUUAUUUCUCCUCAAAAUGUAUGUGUUCAUCCAGGGGACCUGUAGACAGAGCAUCAGACUCCUCUAAGGAUGGUAGAAACCAUCAUAAAACAAUGGGGCAUUAUAACCACAAUGGCUCUUUGCAGAAAACACAGAUAAACUCUUUCAAAAACUCAGUGGCCUGCCCUGGUGCACAAAAGGCUGUUACGUCUUCAGAGGCAGUUGACAGAUUUAUGCCUAGGACAACACAACUGCAGGAGCGCAAAAGAAGAAGAGAAGAUGAUCGUAAACUUGGAACUUUUCUUCAAACAAACCCAAGUGGUAAUGAGGUUAUGAUUGGACCUCUGUUACCAGACAUCUCUAAAGUGGAUAUGCACGAUGAUUCAUUGAAUACAACGGCGAAUUUAAUUCGGCAUAAACUUAAAGAGGUAAUUUCAUCUGUGCCAAAGCCUCCAGAGGACAAGCCGGAAGAUGUAAAUACAAGUCAUCCAUUAAAACAAAGAAGAAGAAUAUAGAGUGCCAGCAGCAAAUUAGUAUUUUCUAAAAAGAACAUUUAUUAUUUAUUUUUAGCCUGUCAUUUUAAUUCUUCAAGAGAUUUUACUGCUGGUAUUUUUUAAUGCACUCCUCUUUGUAAUUUCAUUCAAGCUAUUUGUCUAAAGUCAUUUCUUUGUGUUUUUGGAGAUGGAGUCUUGCUCUGUUGCUCAGGCUGGAAUGCAGUGGCAUGAUCUCGGCUCACUGCAACCUCCACCUCCCGGGUUCAAGCGAUUCUCCUGCCUCAGCCUCCUGAGUAGCUGGGAUUACUGGCGUGCACCACCACGCCUGGCUAAGUUUUGUGUUUUUUUAGUAGAGAUGGGGUUUCACCAUAUUGGUCAGGCUGGUCUCGAACUCCUGACCUCGUGAUACGCCUGCCUCAGCCUCCCAAAGUGCUGGGAUUACAGGCAUGAGCCACCACGCCUGGCCCAUUUCUUCUUUUUUUGACCCAUACUUAAUGUUGCAGAAACUAUUCUUGUCAUAACAUUACCUCUCAUGUACAGUAAUUAUAUGUAAAUUAAUUGAAGCAAAUAUGGAAACUUUACAAUAGAAAUAAAGAUAGGCAGCCAGCGUCUGUUUCCAAUUAUAAUACAAGUAUUGAAUGAACCAUUGAAACACUAGAAGUCAGGAUGUUUCCAAAUGCCAGGGUUUCAAAAUCAAGACAAUUCUGUGAAGUAAAAAGUAGAUUAACUAUUAGAACAAAGCUGAAAUUAGAAUCUUAUAUGCUUUAAUUAACUUUUAAGAAGAAUUUGCUUGACCUGUGGCAAUCCAAAAAUAAAUCAGUAUUUAUAAAUUCUAGACUUCUGUUACUACUUCUGGCAUAUCCACACUUUUUUCUGUCAGUGGAUCACAUAAUUGGAAAUUUCAGUACAUCUAGGCUGUCUCUAUUUUCUUUUUCUUUUUUAAUUUUUAGUAGAGACAGGGUCUCACUGUGUUGCCCAGGCAGGUAUUGAACUCCUGGGCUCAAGUGAUCCAUCCACCUCGGCCUCCCAAAGUACUAGGAUUACAGGUGUGACCCACUGUGCCUGGCCAUAUUCUUUACUGAUAAAAAUAACUUGAGAAGGUC